AUGGUCAACUCUGUUGCUCUUCUGGCUCUUGCCAGCCCGGCCUUUGCCGGUCUUAUGCAGGCUCGUAGCGGGGAAUUCAUCCGUCCUUCCGCUCAGUCCUCUGCUGCUGUUGCUGCCCCUGCUAAGGCUGAGGGUUGGGGUGAGAGCUGGUCCAAGCCAGCCGAGCACGUCUCAACUCACGACUCCUGGAGCAAGACCACUGAGUCGUGGACCACCCCGUGCACCACCUCGACCACCACCACCCCGGUGCAUGAGCACACCACCACCCCGGUGCACAGCCAUACCACCACCCCGGUGCACAGCCAUAUCACCACCACCCCGGUGCACAGCCAUAUCACCACCACCCCAGUGCACAGCCAUAGCACCACCAGUUCGGUGCCGGAAUUCAGCUCCACUGUGGUGAACGGAACCACCAUUCCUUGCACCACCCCGGUGCACCCUACCACCAGUUCGGUGCCCCAGUACAGCUCCACUGUGGUGAACGGAACCACCAUCCCCUGCACCACCCCGGUGCACCCUACUACUACCCUGGUGCACCCUACCACCACCCCGGUGCCGGACCAUAGCUCCACUGUGGUGAACGGGACCACCAUCCCCUGCACCACCCCGGUGCACCCUACCACCACCUCGGUGCCAGUGUACAGCUCUACUGUGGUGAACGGAACCACCAUCCCCUGCACCACCCCGGUGCCGGAGCACACCUCCACUGUGGUGAACGGAACCACCAUCCCUGUGCACCCUGCCACCACCACCAAGCCCCACGUCCCCGUGAAGCCUGGCACCACCAAGACCCUCACUUACGUGACCACCACCUACCCUGUCACCUCGUCUACCGUCACCUCUGGCUCUAAGACUUGGACCGUCCCCGUCACCGGAACAAGCACCAUCACCAUCUCCAAGACUACUGUCCGCACCGAGGAGAAGCCUUUGACCUUCCACAACGCCACUCAGCCCGCCACCGGAGGCCCUACCGCCCCCGUUGUGAAGCCCACUGGACCUGUUGUGAUCCCCUCCAAGUCUGUUGAGACCAAGCCCGUUGAGACCAAGCCCGUUGAGACCAAGCCCGUUGAGACCAAGCCCGUCGAGACCAAGCCCGUCGAGACCAAGCCCGUUGAGACCAAGCCCGUUGAGACCAAGCCCGUUGAGACCAAGCCCGUCGAGACCAAGCCCGUUGAGACCAAGCCCGUCGAGACCAAGCCCGCUGUCUCCCACCCCGUUGUCCCUGCUCAAUCCCAGCCCGGUGUCCCUGCCCAAUCCCAGCCCGGUGUCCCCGCUCAGUCCCACCCCGCUGUCCCUGCUCAGUCCCAGCCUGGUGUCCCCGCUCAGUCUCACCCCGGUGUCCCUGCUCAAUCCCAGCCCGCUGUCCCCGCUAAGUCCCAGCCCGGUGUCCCUGCUCAGUCUCAGCCUGGUGUCCCUGCUCAGUCUCACCCCGGUGUCCCUGCUCAGUCCCAGCCUGCUGCUUCCAAGCCUGCUGCUUCCAAGCCUGCCGAGAGCAAGCCCUCCAGCCCCAAGGAGACCAAACCCGCUGGUCACCCCUCCGGCACCUCUACCCCCUCCACCCCGGAGACCCCUGAGAAGCCCUCUACCCCUAAGCAGCACGGCUCCACUCCCACCUCCAAUGACUUCACCGGUGCCGCCUCCACCGUCCAGCCCGUUGCUGGUCUCCUUGCCGGUGUUGUUGGUCUCAUGGCUCUCCUGUAA